UAGCCUUUAGUUUAAAGGAAGCUGCUUUAAUUGAAGUGAAUGAAACACACGAACGGGAAAGAGUUUUUAGAAAGUGGGGAAAUGAAAGGGAAGUAAUAGUCCAGGCAAUUCCAUAUACAAUGGCUUUGUCUCCACGUUGAAAAGGAUCGGUUUCCAUGUGCCUUUCAUUAGUUUACGGCUCCCACAGUCUUUAUUACUUUAUUAUUCAUUCAUAAACCCUUCUUCUUUUCUCUCUUUCUCAUACCCUUUUCUUUACUCAAUACACUCCUUCUCAGUCCUUUCCAUCAUUCUGUUUGUAGAUCCACACCUAUAUCUUCCUUCAUCACCAUUGAUUUUAAUUGAAAACCCCAUCAACCCCAUUUCAGUUUUAGCUCCAUUUUCAGCCUUUAUUCUAAGCUUUUUGAUUUUUAACUCUUGUGGGGUUUGCAAUUGUUUCAUCUUCUUCCCUUUUUGGGGAUUUUUCUUCUUUCCCCAUCAAUUUUUUAAGAUAUCUCUCUGUAGCUUUGUGGGUUUUGAAGAAUAUGAGGGACCUUUCUCUUUUCCCUCCUCAUCGAGAUAUUGGUCAUUCAACUUUUCGAUUGAUUUCUGGCUCGGUUUUUGAGGUGUUUUUGUAGGCAGUACGGCGUAAAAUUGGAGCUUUUAAUCAUAAACAUGGAAGCUGGAAGUAGAUUUUACUCUGCUACAGAUGAGUUCAGAUUGGAAGCCAAAUGGUUGGUUGAUCCCAAACAUCUAUUUGUUGGACCUAGAAUUGGAGAGGGAGCUCAUGCCAAAGUUUACGAGGGCAAAUAUAAGAACCAGACUGUUGCUAUCAAAAUUGUUCAUAAAGGGGAAACAGUUGAUGAGGUUGCAAAGAAAGAGGCUCGGUUUGCUCGAGAGGUUGCAAUGUUGUCUAGAGUACAACAUAAAAAUCUUGUCAAGUUUAUUGGUGCCUGCAAGGAGCCUGUAAUGGUGAUAGUAACCGAACUUUUAUUAGGAGGGACCUUACGAAAGUACCUGCUCAAUAUGCGCCCACGGUGCUUGGACACACGUGUGGCAGUUGGUUUUGCGCUUGAUAUUGCUCGUGCUAUGGAAUGCCUUCACUCACAUGGCAUCAUACACCGUGAUUUGAAGCCUGAGAACCUUCUGUUGACAGCAGAUCACAAAACAGUUAAAUUAGCUGAUUUUGGUUUGGCAAGAGAAGAGUCGUUGACGGAGAUGAUGACUGCAGAGACGGGAACUUACCGUUGGAUGGCUCCAGAGUUGUACAGCACUGUUACCCUAAGGCAAGGGGAGAAGAAACACUACAACCAUAAAGUGGAUGCCUAUAGCUUUGCUAUUGUGUUAUGGGAACUGCUACACAACAAGUUGCCAUUUGAAGGCAUGUCAAAUCUUCAAGCAGCAUAUGCAGCUGCUUUUAAGAAUGUAAGGCCUAGCGCAGAGAAUCUUCCCGAGGAACUGGCUAUCAUUCUAACAUCAUGCUGGCAAGAGGAUGCAAAUGCUCGUCCAAAUUUCUCCCAAAUUAUCCAAAUGUUACUUAAUUACCUUUAUACUAUUUCACCCCCUGAACCGGUGAUUCCUUCCCGAAUUUUCACUUCUGAGAACACGGUUUUUCCCCCUGAAUCUCCCGGAACAAGCUCGCUGAUGGCAGUCCGUGACGAUUCAGGGGACACUCCGAAAGCUAAAAUGGAAAAUAAUCCCAGAGGUUGUUUCUUCUGCUCCAAUGACUGUUACUAAGCUCUAGAAUGGUGGAAGAAAAAGCAAUAACAGCAGGUGAAGGAAAAAGCUUAAUAAGCUAUUUCCCUAUUUAAGUGCAAAGUAGGCAGAAAAUAACAUGUUUUGUAUGUAAAGUAAUGCUUUCAUUUCUUCUCCACCAUGUAUCAACGUGUUUUAGUUAUGUAUUAACACAGCCUAAGCCUUACAUCAUCAUGGUAGAAUGGAAGAUCAUUCUGAUGCUUGGUUGUAAGAUCUUGAAGAUUCAACUUCAAAAUAUUGCUACCAGUUAAGGAUCAAUAAUUCCCUCUUGGCAAAUUAAUGCAACUCCAGUGUCUACUUAUAAUUAUAUGUAAGAUUUUUCCUUUUUUUUUUCUUUUUAUUUAUACUUCCAAUAUCAUGAUCCAAUAAAAUUUGUAUAAGAAUUCUUUUGCAAAUCUA